GCGAUGCCAUUACAUCCCUAACGGUCAGUUCGCAACUAGGAAGUAGCGAGAGUUGAAGAACGAACAAUGUGUGAAUAACAGCCAGUACAGUUUGUUAAUACGCGCACGUAUCAACCGUAUCAGUUAAGGAAAUAUCAUGUGAAAAUAUCCGUCGGGUUUUGUCAUCUUUAAUCCAACGUAAACGUUGUUCUGAGUAUUUCAUUGUGCGCUCGCGAUACUCAUUCACGUGUGUUUAAUCACGCAUAUUUAAUGCAUCUGCUGUGCCGUCUCUUUAAUUGUAGCGGUUCGGCUUCGGUUUUCUCACUGUCUUUAAGGAGCAUUGGGUUUCUGGCGCGAAACAUCAUGCAUUCAGGUCAGAAAAAUAAAUGCAUGAGUGAUGUAGCCGAUGAUGUAGGUAGAUGCGGGAAGAGUGACAAAUCUGGUUGCACCGACUCACUACUGGUGGCCGAAGAGAGACGCCCGAGAUCGGCCAGUCCACGCGGCGCAAACGGGGAUGAAGACUCGGAAGCGGAGUCCCAUCAGGACGGGCGGACCGUGGAUGUGGACCCGGAUACAAGGAGGAGGGCGUUCAACUGGUGCCGUGACUUUCUGUCCGGGUCAUGGAGGACUAUAUCAGAACAUGACUUUGAAAUCACAAUAGUCAGUGGAGGCCUCAGUAACCUGCUGUACAUGUGUAGGUUGCCCGACAAUGUUCAACCCACCGGGGCCGAACCUCGAAGAGUUCUGCUCCGGAUCUAUGGCGCCAUUCUUCAGGGAGUAGAUUCUCUUGUUUUGGAAAGUGUGAUGUUUGCCAUUUUAGCGGAGAGACAGUUGGGCCCGCGUCUCUAUGGCAUUUUCCCAGAGGGUCGUCUGGAGCAGUACUUGCCCAGUGAUCGCUUGUGUACAGAGCAGUUGGGGUAUCCCGAAAUCUCAGCUGAAAUAGCUAGUAAGAUGGCACGUUUCCACGCCAUGGAGAUGCCAUUCAACAAAGAACCCAAAUGGUUGUUUGAAACCAUUGAUCGGUACAUGAAGCAAGUUAUGACGAUAACAUUUGUGCGAGAAGCUCACAUCAAAAAAUUCAAAAAACUGAUGAAGUAUGAUCUUCCUGCGGAACUGGAAAGUCUGAGGUCACUGCUUACUUCAACUCCCUCUCCAGUUGUGUUCUGCCAUAAUGAUGUCCAGGAAGGAAAUAUCCUCAUGUUGAAUGGCAGGGAAAAUUCAUCUGACAAACUAAUGCUCAUCGACUUUGAAUACAGCAGCUAUAACUACAGAGGCUUUGACUUCGGGAAUCAUUUCUGUGAAUGGAUAUAUGACUACACAUAUGAUCAAUGGCCCUUCUAUAAGGCAAAAGUGGAAGAUUACCCCAACAGACAACAGCAAUUGCAUUUUAUCAGACACUAUAUGGCAGAGCGAGGGGGCACUGUGCAUGAGGACCAAGCCAGAGUAGAAGAGGAGAUGAUCAUCGAGGGAAACCGGUUUGCCCUUGCGUCUCACUUCCUCUGGGGUCUGUGGUCCAUUAUCCAAGCCAAGAUCUCCAAAAUCGAGUUUGGAUACAUGGACUAUGCAAUGCACAGAUUUGACACGUACUUCAAACAGAAGAAGCUCUUUUCCUGAAUUCUUUCCUGCUCUUAAAGUGGAUGCUUGAUAUAAUCUUGUAUCGCACUCAUUACUGUAUAUUUGUCUUCUUUAAUCAUUCAAGAAAGGGCCCGGUAAAAAAGAUAAAGCAAAUGUAAAGAACAUAACGGUUAUGUUGGGUGAGCAUCAUUCAUGAACAAAAUAAUAAUUAAAACAGACAAAAAUGGGAAGGUAAAAACAUGUAUGCUAAAGCUGCAUGUUUUGAUUGAAUACUGAAUACAGUUCAUGUCUGAUACUGAUUAGUUGUGAAGAGCAAACCGUCAAAAUAAUUAGUAUUUAUUUAUAAUAAUAUAGAUGCAAUUUUGUGUGCAAAUACUGUGUAAAACACAGUCCAGAUGAAGUCUGCAGUCCUAGUUUCACAUGCUGUCGAAGAACAGUAUAGCAUCUCUUCUUAUAUACUGUGAAGCAUGCAUUGCACAUCUAUUGAUUAGAAGAAUCUGUGCACACAGAUCUCAAACUACAUGGCUUCAUUUUGACAUGUCAAAGUAUGUGAUUUAUUUGUGCACAGGUUCUAACGUGGAUCAAUAUCCAAAAUGCACGUGUAUGCCACUUCUCAUCACUUUAAGAGCAAAGGUGUUUUAGGAACUGCAAUGGCGACGGGCUACUUUUCUUUUUUUUAUUAAUUGCUGAGCUAAUGGUUGAAAUAGUCUGUAUAUUUCCAACUAAUUCUGGAAAAUUGUGCAUCCAACAACCUGGUGUUUCAUAUUUUAAUGUAUGCAAAACAUGUUUUGUCCUAUAACUAAGACUGAAACUCAAGUUCUUGCUUCUAUAAACUGCUAAAGCGCUUUUAUUUUUUUAACUGCUGUUUGUUUUAUGCUCAUCAUUUGUUGUUGUCCAAAGCAGUUAAAACUGUCAGUUAAAUUUUAUUCAGUAAACCAAAUGUGAUAUCCGUUGCAUUAUGAGUCCCCAAUUGAAAAAUGGCGACAAGCAUGAAAGCACAAAUGCUUGCUGGGCUUAUACAAGGAGUUGGUGGGGACGGAUCUUUGGCGCUUCAUAUAGUGGGAGUGUUUGAAUGGUCAAGCUAAUGGACAUAUUUAAAUGAAUGUAUCUGGAUAUCAUUUUCGCCAUGUUGCAUCUCUAAAUUCAGGGGCAAAAGUGAGGGAUCAUUUGUAUGUUGGGCUGGUCUGCCCAUGCAUCCAUGUUGAUAUUGAAUCUGUGAUUCUUAAAAUUGAUUUGUUCUGCAAUUGUACCAUUAGAACCAAUGUGUAGAUUUCUACAUAUGAAUCUGUGGCAAAUGUGUGUUAUACUGUACAACUCUAGUAUACUGUUUUUGUUUGUUUAUUCCUCCAUCCAUUAAAACUGCACAUC